UUGUUAUUCCUUAGUUGUACGUUUGCGGCUGGCGACGUGUUGGUGUUCACCGACAAGAAUUUCGAUGAGAAGGCAAAGGAACAUGACCUGCUGUUGGUGAAGUACUACGCGCCAUGGUGCGGUCAUUGCAAGCAGAUCGCUCCGAAAUUCGAGAAGGCUGCCGCAGAAUUAAAAAAUGCUGAUCCACCUGUUGCUUUAGCUGAGGUUGACUGUGAUGCCCAUAAGGACUUUUGCCAAAAGGUAGGCGUUAACGGCUACCCGACGUUGAAAAUAUAUAGGAAAGGUGUCUUCAGUGGUGACUACGACGGGGGCCGCGAAGCAGAUGACAUGGUUAAGUAUAUGAAGGCACAGUCCGGUCCUAGUUCGAAAGAGCUGAAGUCUUCUGAAGAAUUCGAAAAGUUUAUCAACGUUGACGACUAUAGCAUUGUUGGAUUUUUCAAGGAAGAUUCAAAGCUCAAAGAUUCGUUCCUCAAAGUUGCUGAUACGGAAAGGACGAACUACAGGUUUGCGUACACAUCUGACGGGAAGGUAAUGGAGAAUGACAUUGUGUCUUUCCAACCAAAAUGCAUGUACAACAUAUUUGAAAAGCCGUACGUGAGAUACGAUGGAAAUUUCGAUACGGAUAAGAUCAAGAAGUUUAUCAAGUUUGAAAAACACGGUCUAUGUGGACAUCGUACAGAGAGCACUUCUGACCAUUUCCGCAUGCCAGUUGUUGUUGCUUACUACGGUGUGGACUAUAAGAAGAAUGCCAAAAUCACGAAUUACUAUCGAAACCGUUUGAUGAAGGUCGCUGUCGACUACAAAACUAAAGAUAUCAGCUUCGCCGUCAGCAACAAGGACGACUUCAGUUCCGAGAUCGAAAAUUUCGGUUUGACGGACAAGGCUAAGAACAGCUUUAUGAAUGAUCAGCCAUUCAUCCUGAUUUUGAACGAUAAAGGACAGAAGUUCGUCAUGGAAAAAAAUUUCAGCAUUGAUAACGUGAAAGAAUUCGUUGAUGACUUUUUGGCCGGAAAGCUACCAGUGCACGUCAAAUCAGAGGACAUACCGGAAAAGAACGAAGGACCCGUCAUAGUCGCUGUUGGUAAAACGUUCCAUGACAUAGUUGGUCAGGAUAAGGAUGUUCUCAUCGAAUUUUAUGCUCCAUGGUGUGGCCACUGCAAAAAUUUGGCGCCCAUUUACGAAGAAUUGGCCACUAAGAUGAAAGAUGAAGACAACAUCGUCAUUGCCAAGAUGGAUGCAACCGCCAACGAAGUUCCACCUAACUACUCUGUCUCUGGUUUCCCGACAAUUUAUUGGGCUCCAAAGGGACAGAAAGAUUCUCCGAAGCUGUAUAAGGGCGGAAGAACGGUUGACGACUUCAUAAAGUACAUUGCUGAAGAAGCUACUGAAGAACUGAAGGGUUGGGACCGUUCUGGCAAAGCAAAAUCAAAGAGCGAGUUAUAA